CGGGGGCACGCUGCAAUAUUAGGCUAUUGCCAGGAAGGACAGUUCUGCAAUUGAGUCGCGAGUGUUUUGAGGGAUAUGGUGUCAGAGGGAUCUGCUGCUCUCAGUUGCUCUUUCGGUGGCCCUCUGGGGGUUAAACUACGCUGGGGGUGAGCGUUGCAUUGUGGGUUGGACUUAAAGACGCCCCGAGUCCCACCGGGCACCACGGUCUCCCCAAACAAGGCUCAAGCGCAGCAGCCCCACGCUGCCGGUGAGACACUGAAUGUCGAAACCGACCAAGAGUUUUGCUUGUGCUGCUGAAAUGAUGCACUGCCAGAUGGCCGUAUGGCUCAUGAGAUGAGCAACACAGACGCGUGUGUGUGUUCAUGUGGAGGAAGAGCGAUGGGAGGGACGCGCGUUGUCUGCUCGUUGACUUCGUUACUCUCCCCUCGGCCAUUCUGUGAGCAGUCGGCGCCUAAGUCCUCUAGCAGCGCGGUUUAUAUCUGUGGGAAAGAAGCAAUGAGGGCAAUUUAGUGCAGAUUGCGCGUGACACCGUUUGCAUUCAUUUAUAUCAGAGAUCACUGUCCCAAAAUAAAAUUGCACUAAAAACGAACCGGGACAAUACCAUCCCUGCCACACGAAGGCACCGCAGUGACAUCGACAUUGGGGAGACGAUGUCGGCUGAGGUUCGAGGCUGACAAAGGAGGAGUGCCAUCCGGAGGAGAGAUGGAGCAACGAGAUGAGCUCAGUUGCAGGAGAUGGGUUCCUUCCUCACGAGACCGUUAGAUGGUGGUGGUGUCUUCAUCCAGCAUCGGAUAGAGCCUGGCUACUGGUGCCAAUGGCGGUAUGAAUGAAUCUGUCGAGGGGCAUCUCCUUAGAGUGACUCGGUCUUAAAGGAGUAGCUGGUGCCGUGCAGAAACAUCGAUGGAGAGACAAAGUUGGAUGGGUGUGGUGGUGGCGGCACCGGCCUGAAUAGGUGCUCGCUAACACUCCACGGACGCGGGGGACCUGCGCUGCGUUCUGCGUGCGCGCUGCAGUAGUCGUGCGAGGAGCCGCCAUGGACAAGGGGGAUCCGGCGACCCAGGAGCUGCUGGCCAUGGGGACGCUCUCGCCCGUCCAGCGGCUCGUCAACAAAGACGGCAGCAGCGCGCUCACGUCGAGCGCGCGGCCCUGCCACCUGCGCCGUUACCUGCGCGACAUCUGGACCACGCUGGUGGAGAUGCAGUGGCGCUACGUGUUCCUCGUCUUCUCGCUCACCUUCCUCGUGAGCUGGCUGCUGUUCGGCUGCCUGUGGUACCUGCUGGCGCUGGUCCGCGGCGACCUGGACGUGGACCCGGACGACCCGCCACCCAACCGCACGGUGUGCGUCAAGUACAUGGGCAGCAUGACGGCCGCGUUCUCGUUCGCGCUCGAGACGCAGCUCACCAUCGGCUACGGCACCAUGUACCCCAGCGGGGACUGUGUGGAGGGGGUGGUGCUGCUCGCCGUGCAGAUGCUGCUGGGCCUCAUGACGGAGGCGUUCAUCACAGGAGCGUUCGUGGCCAAGAUCGCGCGGCCCAAGCUGCGCGCCGGCACCAUCCGCUUCAGCAGCGCGGCGGUGGUGUGGGGGGGCCGCGGGGAUCAGCGCCGCCGCCGCCUCCUCGCGUUCCGCGUCGCCAACCUGCGCCCGUCGGCCCUGCUGGACGUGACGGUGUCGGCCGUGCUCUACCGCUCGCGGCCGGGCCACCCGCUCCGCCAGAGCGCCGUCGACUUUCAGCUGGACCGCCUGGGGCCCCGGCCCUGCCCCUACUUCCUCUUCCCGCUGACCUUCCACCACGAGCUGGGCCCCGACAGCCCCCUGCUGCCGUUGCUGCGAGAGCCGUGCGGGCAGGAGAAGUCGCGGGUCGAGCACUUCGAGCUGGUGGUCUUCCUACAGGCCAUGCAAGAGGGCAGCGGGCAGAUCUUCCAGAAGCGCACUUCGUACGUGCGUGGCGAGAUUCUACUCGACGCGUGCUUCCGCCCGGUGAUGUCGCUCGGCCCCGACGGGACGUACGCCACCAACUUGGCCUGCUUCGACGAGACGGCGAGCCACGGCUUCGACGGCGUGGGCCUGGAAGGCCUCGACGGCGACGAGACGGUGUGAGGACCUCUUCCACAACGGUACCGACCGAAGAGAACAAUAACAUCAACGGUGUUGUCUCGAUUGCUCUGUUGGUUGUAAGGCGGUCAAGUUCAAUCGGAUUAUUUUUCACCGGCCGGCAACUCAGAGAGAGAGAGAGAAGAGAGGAGAGAGAGGCUGCCGAUGUGAUGACCUGGGUCACGUGUGAGCAGGUGCAGAGAUGGGCAAGUUUACCAACAUUCACCAUGGCACCGUGCAUGAACCAGCCACACAACAAACACAUACACUCAACCACAGACAUGCACCCAACCACACAUCAAACACAUACACUCAACGACACAGACAUGCACCCAACCACACAUCAAACACAUACACUCAACCA